UGCUUCAGUCCUUGUCCUGUCACUUGUGUCAAGUCUUGCCCGAGUACAAGAAGGCUCUUGUAAAACAGCUGUCCAGAAAUCUGGGUAAAGACCUGAACGACAUGGGUGUCGAGGAGCUCUUUUCCUUGCUUUUUAAGGAGCCUUUAAGCACUGUAGCUGACCCUGGAAGAAACAUGCUCAUGGUGAUAGAUGGCUUGGACGAAAGUGAGUACCAAGAACGCAACGAACUGCUUGACGUUAUUGCAAACCACCUUUACAAGCUUCCAUUUUGGAUGCGAUUCCUUUGUACGACCCGACCAGAGAAGAACAUUGCAGAAGCAUUAAAGCAUUUGAAGCCGUUUCAGCUGGAGUCAAAUGAUGAAAUGAAUUUAGAAGAUAUUAAGCAAUAUUUUAACAAGCGGCUUGAAAAUGUUACAAAACCAGGAUGUCUCGGAAACCUUGUGGAAAAACUAGCAGAAAGGUGCGAAGGGCUCAUGCUGUAUGCCUAUUUCCUUUUUUCAUUUAUUGAAGAGAACGUAUUAGUUCUAGACCAAGGAGAUCUUGAUCGCAGCUUACCGUUAGCAAUUUCCUCGAUCUACCAUUCCUAUUUUAAACGAGUGGAGAAUGAACUUGAGAUGCUACUCGUCAAGAAAAGGAAUUUUCUAAAUUUGCUUUCUGCUGUUACCGCAUCAAUUGAGCCCUUGCCGAUUGGCUUUGUUUCUGAAGUCUUAGAAAUACGACCUAACUCACCACUUGCAAGGCGUAAAGGCCAAAAAGCUAUUGGCUGUUUGUCCUCGCUUCUUCCCAUUCGUGAUGGAUGUCUUCACAUCAUUCACAAGUCAGUUAAAGAUUGGUUGACUGACGCAUCUUUUUAUGGGGAGCAUGACUUCAUUAUGUACGAGAAAGAAGGCCACCGAAUUCUUGCAAGCCUCUGUGCUAAAGAACUUGUUGAUUUGAAGCAGAAAGGUGUGCUUCACCGACAGUUUACCCCCACUGAGAAGUAUGCGCUACAUCACGGUGUAAAACACAUGUUGCUGAUAGACGAGGAAAUAAAAUCACAUAGCCUGAAGGAAUGUGUAAAAACAUACGUACUAGACUUAGAGCUUUUGUAUGCAAAGCUCUGUUUGAACGAUUCAGCAACAGCUGAAGACAUUCUAUGGCUUCAGAAGCAGGAAAUGUUCCCCAUGCUGUCUGAAGAUAGUCAAGAUAUGUUGCACACUUUGUUGUUUCUGUUACGAAAGUAUUUCGCCACAUUUACAGACCAUCCCCACGUACUUUUCCAAACCGUGCUGAAUGAGGGAGGAUCAGUUCUGUCUCCUAUGGCAUCGGAUCUGUUGCAGAACAAGUAUCCUGAAUUACCAUAUAUGGAACUGGUCCAGAAGCAGAUGCAGCAGGGGUCCGUUCUAGCCCGAUUUCGAUGCUCCUCUCCAGUGGCUUGUUUUGAUGUGUCUCCUGAGUUAGACUACAUGGUGUGUGAAUGUGACGACGGAACGAUUCAUAUGUGGUCACUCCAUACUGGUAAGCUUGUAUGGGCACGUCCUGUGAUAGUGAAGAAACUGCACUUCGGGAAUGGAGCAUACAGAAUGUCACCAUCCUCUCCUGGCGUCCUGUCGUUUUACCGCUCAGUAGUUUUUCAUCCCACCGAGGAAGUGGUUUUACCAGGAGUCCUUAGCCAUGCCUAUGACUUCAACGGAGAUCUGAAACCCCUUUUUCCCGAAAGUAAAUGCAGUUUCACUGUUUGCUCGAUUUCAGGAGACAAGACCACCAUGCUAUCUGACUGCCCUGACAAUCCUAAAUGCAUUAUUAUGUGGAGUCUCAGGAAUGGUUCCGAGAUUAUUCGUACCACAAGAAAGGACGAUGUUUUAUCUUUUGCAUGGUCACGAGAUGAAAAGAUGCUGGCAAUUUCUCAUUGUAUGGGUUCAGUUUGCUUGGUUGAUGUGACAUAUGGCUUUAGAACACUGGCACAAACGGCUCUGCCAGAAAGUUGUGGGAUGAUAAAGUUCGCACCUAACUGUCAAUCUCUUUUUUGCUUUGGUGGAACGCAUCUCCUUAAUCACCUCGUCUGUUUGAAUAUCAAUAUGGCGAAACAUCCCAGCUGUAGUUUAGAUGUUUGUAUUAAAUCGUAUGUUCCCUGGAAAUUGGAAUCCCGUAGCGAAGCUGGCUUUUUAUUGGGAGAUCCUCUUUCAUCUGUGGAUGUGGAAUUUGAGUUUGUGCUGAAUAAGAAAAUAGUAUUGAGGAGUUCUCCCGGUAACAUUUUCGUAGACAUGCUGAAUAUUGAUGAAACGAAGAAAAACCUAAAAGCCGAAUUUAACAGGAGCAAAGAAAUUGUUUUUUCUUUGAGUGGAGAUACUAUUUAUAAUGUCUUCCGUGACGAGGUCAGGGCUUUCGAUGUUUCAAGUGGUGAGCUCAUCGGCCAAGUUACAGCGAGCGGUGAUUAUCUCUCAGCGCUAGCUGUGGAAGAAGGCGUUUUAAUAUUAACAACAACGUAUACAACGUAUACAAUUGAAUUGUGGAAUGUUGAAUUAUCCAGGUGCGUCCGAAAUUGGACAAAUUUAAACCGAAUCGGACAAUUGAUUGGGAUAUCAGAACAACGAGUGGCAUGCGAGGCAGAAAACCAAGUGCUUAUCUUGGAUACUACUAGCGGAGGCAUCGUGUCGACAAUCCCCAUUGGUGGAAGUCGUUUUCUUGCUUGUAACGGUAAAUGUCACCUGUUAACAGCCGGUCGCUUUUCACUUGAGUUGUGGGAUGGCAAAACUCUUCUCUGGAAAAACAGAAGACUCUCUUUUGAUUAUAUUUCACAAGCGAUUUUCUCUCUUGAUGAGCGGUUUGUAGUAGUUAGCAAUAAAUGCGGCAAAAUUCAAGGAACGUAUGUCUUGGAUGCAGUGUCAGGAAGAGUGGUAAACGAUUUAAAACCUAAAGUCAGAAUGGUGAAUUUCUGUAAAUUUAUCAGCGAAGAAGAAUGCGUUAUCAGCUCCGAAGCUGCUUCAGAAGGUCUUCUGCUGUUUAAUGUCCAGUCUGGUGACCUGCUGAGUGUAAUCGACCUGGAAAGUCCAGUGACCUGUUUAGCAACCUGUCCUCGUAAGCAGCUCGUGGCCAUUAACAAAAGUGACUCUAAACAUGGAUUUAAACUUAUCCAGGCUCAGUUACCUCGAAGUUUAGGCAACAGGAAGAACAAAAGGAUGAUCAACAUCGGAAAUAACAAGAAAAUGCGAAUACGAGAACGGGAGUUGUCAAGUUCACAAACCAAGUUCACAAGUCUCUUGCCUCAACGGAAAGUGAGCAAUAUUUCUUACACCAUCCCUAAAAAAACCAACUCCAAGGAGAGCUUGUCGACGUCAGCAUUGAACCAGGGGUCAAAAAAGCCACUGGAGGGUACCCCAAGAACUUCAAAACCAGAACGGCGAACGUCUAUGAGGCCGCUAGUAGGACAGCAGUCCAUCCGCAGUCUCCAUCAUAAGAGUGUUUUGCCAAAAGUGGAGAGUCAUGCAGACAGACGAAAACCGUCCUACGUAAGUAUGACUGUUUUAAUUUGUUUAUAAUAAGGAAAAUCAAAAACGUUUUACAGCAUCGCUGGUAGCGCUGAGAAAAAGGUCUACCAAAAAUGCGUUUUUUCUAUUUUAGGUUUCUCAAUUCAAACCACAUUACCAUUACCACUACCACUAACAACAACAAUAGCAUUAUUUGCAUGACCAUCGUGAUUACAGUAUUGCAAAAGCUUAUUUAUUUCAAACAACAACGAAGUGAAAAAUAACGAGUACAAUUAAACUGAAGUAGUAUAGAGAUCUCAGGCUUCACUAUUAUAAUAAAGAUAAAGAAAGAAUGGGGGAAAUCAUUCGGAAACCGUAAAGUGCAUGUAUUGCUUUUUCUUUCAAGUGAUCAAGUGCUAAGGUGAAGUUACCUGUUGACGAUAUUCGAGUUCCUAAAUAUGCAUAGUUCUGAACAAUCUCGAUAUUAUCAGCAUCUAUGAUAAAGGUACAAUUAUUAAACUCUCUGGCACGUUUUUGGAAGAUCAUAAUCUUAGUCUUUUUGAUAUUGCCUUUACCAUUACCAUUACCAUAACCAGCACUACAACCAGCACCACUACCGCUGCCCCUUGUUAUUUAAUCCCUAUAUAAACAAUCUGCCGUAUUUGUAUGAAAACACACUGUCUGACCCAUUUGUCCUACCAAAUGGAACAAAAAUAAAUUAACUUUUGUACGCUGAUGAUUUGAUAAUUUUGUCAAGAUCCAAAACAGGAUUACAAAACUGUCUAAAUACGUCGUCUUCUUACUGCAAAUCCUGGAUGCUGAAAAUCAAUCCUAAGAAAACGAAGAUGAUGAUUUUUCAAAAACGCCUGCGAAAAUCUGUUGACAUUAACUUCAAAAUAGACACAGAAUCAAUUGAAGUUGUUCUGGAAUACACCUAUCUAGGUACACGUUGAACUCCAACUGAAAACUUUACUCUUGCGCCAAAUCACUUAAAAGAAAAAGCCAUGCACGCCUUCUCCAACAUAUGAAAACAUACACUCCUCAGUAGACUUAACCCCAACACCGCAUCUCAGAUCUUCGACCCAUUGAUAUCUCCUAUUUUAAGCUACAACAGUGAAGUAUGGGACAUGCACACUAAGCAGGAUUUCAAAACAUGGGAUAGUUUCCCGAUAGAAAAAAUACGUUUAAAGUUUUGCAAACCCUACUUAGAGGUAAACAAUAAAGCCUCUAACGUAGCUUGUAGGGCUGAGCUUGGACGAUACCCACUACUUAUUUUCACUAACCCGAAAAUUGUGAAAUAUUUUGUUUAUCUAAACAACAAACACAAUGACUUUAUCGUCAAACAAUCUGUUUUGAUAUCAAAGAAUUUGCAUUCUAUUGACAAUUCCGGGUUUACUCCAACUUUGUGAACAUGUUAGAAAAAUACCAUUCAUUUGAUCUAGAUCUUGAAA